AUUUCAGAGAUGCCACGUCUUGGCUUGGGCGCGGACCAACGGCCUUAAAUAAUUACAUUUUAUUAGGGUGCUGGAUGUUUAGCUGUGACUUUUCCUUAUCUCCAUAUUUACUAUUUUAGUAAUAGAAUGUAACCAAUCUUGGAGCAACUUUAGAUUCGUAAAUAACUCCAAGUUCGGGCAAAAUGUAUUUACGUUAAAAUAAAUCCGACAACAUAUCAUCACAAGAGCACCACCAAUAAAUUCGAUAGCUUUGGAAUUUUAAAAAUGAGCUAUCGCGUGCCUUCAACUAUCGAAUUCAUUAACGCCAAUGCUAAACAAUACAAUUAAUUCAAACGUAUGGCAAAAUAAUGAGAACUCAAAGUGGCAAAACAGUAGAUUCGUCCGGUAUCGGCUCUGACCAUGGCCUAGCGAAUACAAAAAAGCAUCCCCGCAAGCCCCUGUGCCACAAGAGCAGCACGCACAUAGAUCACAGACGAGAUAUCGGGGACACCACGAAGGCAGAUGUCCAGGACGAAAGAGUCCUUAGCUUGGAAGCCAAUGAGCAAGAUGGACUUGUGCAAGAAGUUUAUAUUAAGAGCGAGCCCUUAUGCGAAGACCUGUGGGAUGUUCUGGACGAGCUGGGGGACAUACUGGAUGAGGAGCAGGCCGACAUGUCAAAUAAGAGACAGGGCAACAUUAUAGAUAGGGAACAGGGCGUCCGUAUCUAUAAGGAGGAGGACGCGUUUGAUGAGGAAGAAGUGGAGGUGCCACCGGCGCCCCCCAUCUCACUGAACGACGACACCUCCUUAUUCACCAGAAGAUCCAGACCAGAGGCUGACGUCUCUCCCUUCAGCUUUAAUGGGUCUUUAUACGAGUCGGGAGAAAUUUCUUCAAGUGAAUCUGCAGGGAAGAAACCACUUGGUAGUAUUCAUUUACCUGACAUGGCCCUAGUGCGUUACCAAAACUCUUCAGAACAGAGAUCAAAACGCCGCACCCCAAGGUACAGAAACAGCAGAAGCAGCAACUCCAGGAGCCCAACAAGACCUAAGGAAAGAUUGGGUCCGCCCAUCCACAGAAGGCGAAACAGUCAAUCUAGAGACCACAGUAGCUCCCGGAGGCGGAACUACUCUAGGGACCAACGUGAGCAGUGCCGCAGAGUACCAUCUAGGCGCAAACACAGCUCAAGUUCCCUGAGUCCAGAUCGUAGAAGUCGUUCCCGAUAUGUACGAAAUCCUCCAGUAGGCAGAGGGUGCAGGGAUGCGUCCCCCUGUGUUGGGAGCCGUCACAGAUCGCGAAGAUCCCCAAGCGUUGGAUGGAGGCGGGGAUCGAGGUAUUCGCCAUUAAGUCGUUCUCGGUAUCGGUCAAGGAGCACCUCUAGGCCAACCAAAAUUGGGGUACAACAUCGAAUAGAAAGCAGGGUUUACCUGAGCGGUCGAUCGAGGAGCAGAAGCAAAUCCAAAUUUUCAAGAAUCACGCUUUCGAGACGCGUAUCCAAAUCGCGAUCAAGGAGUAGGAACAGACCAUUGAAGGCCGUGGCUUUCCAACGUUCAUGGAGCCGAUCCAACAGCCCCCAGAAUCGCCCUCGGAUUCGCUCAAAGUGUAGCUCUCCGCCCGCACAUACCCACCAGCUGAAUACAUUUGAAAACAGGCCCAGGGUGUCAGGUAUUGUUACUAGGGCAAUCGAGGAGAGGCAGUCACUUGACCAACCACUCCAAGCCAUGUCGCCACAUUUGCCCGCAAAUUCGCCGCGCCCCAUUUGUCCAAUGGUUACACUUCACGACAAUCGAACUAUCCGGCCCCAGGAGAUGUUCCAGUACCUGCUGCCCACAACUGUUCCACAAAUUUUCCACACGCAGACGCACCACACCCAUACGGAGUACAGUGUGUAUGCGGGCAACGUUCCCAUAUCCUACGGUCAGCCUUUUCCGCAGCUGGGGCCGUACGACCUGCGCCACCGCUUGUCCACGUCGCGUUCAUUCUAUUACGUAGGGCCCAACGAUCUGCGGCACCGUAUUGAGGAAAUAUACUCGCAGCAACCCGCCCUUAAUGCCUACACCGAGUGGCCCACGGGGGAAACUGAGCAGUAUCCCAGUGAUUACUACUGAAGGGCUCCACCCUAUGAUUUAGAAUAAAGAUCAUUACUUGCAGCACA